UUGGUGACAGUUGGUUUGGAUCUCCAAAACUUUGUGUAGAAUUAAUGCAAAAUGGGCUAUAUAGUAUCUUUUAUGUUAAAAAAAGGCGUGAGUGGCCUUUCAAUUAUCCCCGUGAUAUGGUUCAAAAACUUGGAAGCACAUAUAGAUCUUAUUUUUCAAAG